AUAGCGUAGAGGGCGUUUUCAUUAAAAACUAAUUGUUGGCGUUUCGCUUGGAACUUUUCGCUCUCUGGGACUGGCAGAAAAGUACCGAAAAUGGCUUUAAAAUCAGACCGUAUGACUGAGCUUAGUGCCUAUAGAGACCAGCAUUUUAGGGGCUCUAUGGACCAGCAAGAAAGGAAGCUGAAAGACUCAUGCACUUUGUAUGUAGGUAACCUGUCCUUCUACACCACGGAGGAACAAAUCUAUGAGGUCUUCUCGAAGUGCGGUGAUAUCAAGCGUGUUGUUAUGGGGCUCGACAAGGUCAAGAGAACGCCUUGCGGUUUUUGCUUCAUAGAAUACUACAUUCGGGAAGAUGCAUCCAACUGCAUGCGAUAUGUGAGCGGGACACGUCUAGAUGAUAGGAUUAUCAGGACAGAUUGGGAUGUAGGCUUUCAAGAAGGGAGGCAGUACGGUCGAGGGAAGAGCGGAGGACAGGUCAGGGACGAGUACCGGACAGACUACGAUGGUGGACGGGGUGGCUAUGGUAAAGCUGCUCUCAAACAGCUCACCGGGGGUAAAGAAAAGCAACGUUUCCAGCAGUGGGUUAGCUGAAACAUUAUAUGGACACCAAUCCUUAGAGAAACUAUUUGAACAAUUUAUGAUAGCUUUUGGUACAAGAUAUCCUCCAAAGACGUCUCAAAAUGGCAACAGUUCAAGCUCUUCAUCGGUUAUCUGUACAUUUAUUGGAUUAAGCAUUUGACUGACUGAAUAUUUGAUUUGAACAAGCUUCAGAUAUCCAGGAAACAUGUAUGGAAUGCCCAAAGACAACAGUUCAAGCUCUUCAUCAAUUACUUGUAUACAGUAGUUCUUAAAUGAACCGUAAGACUGACGGAAUGAUUGAUUUUGGACAAAAUGCAGAGAGCCAAGAAACCAAUGUGUAUGGAAUGCUCAAAGGCAAUCAAGCUUUUCAGGAAUUGCCAACUUGGAUUAACCAUUUGACUGACCAAAUAUUUGUUUUGGAAAUAAUGCAGAAAGCCAGGAAACCAAUAUGUAUGGAAUGCUAAAAGACAGCAUUUCAAACUCUUCAUCAUUUCCAUCUACUUAUUAUUUCUGGGAUUAACCAUUUAACUGAUGGAAUGUUUAUUUCAAACAAAAGGCAGAGAGCCAGUAAACCAGUGCGCUUUGAAUGACACGCAUUUAUUCUCUGAAGAAAAUACUAUGCCACGUCGUUUAACAGGAAUUCUGCUAUAUAAAGAUGAUAUCAUCAGCUUCCCGCAAGAAGUGACUUAACAUUUUCUUUGUUCAACGUGGUUACGCGCAUAGACUGAUUUGCGCUAGUGGCCUUUCUCUGGCAUCUGGAUUGCGUUAGCAUUUUUUUCUGGGAACUUGAUCAGUGGAUUGCAUAAUUUUUUUUUUUUUUUAAGAUUAGCUUUUAGAGUGUUUUUAAUAAAAUCACAAAAUAUCAAUGAAGAAAUAAUCUUGCUUUGUCAGAAAAUUUGAUAAUUAGGACAGAAAAUAAUACACCAGCUGCUAAUAGUACUAAAAUAAGGUCAAAACAUAAUUUACGUUUUCUCGAAAAUGUACGUUUUGUGCACAUGCGCGCUAAGUCCCUUGCGGGAAGCUGACAAUGUACGUCUUUUGUUAGAGGCAUUCCUACAUUCCCUUUAUAUUACUUUGUCUAUGAUGGAAUAUGAGGGGAUGGUUAGCUGCUUUUCCUACAGGAAAGACAUGGUUCUUAUUUUUGAUCAGGCAUCUUACCAGCUCUCCUCCUGUUCAGCACUCUGCAAUCUAGAUGAAGAGUCGACCUUUGCUUUGUUUGUGGAUUAAGUAAUAAUAAUAAUGAUAUGCAACAUUUAUAUUGCGCCUAAUACAAAUGUUUCUAAGCGCUGCAUACUAUUACCCCGGCUUUAGCACAGCUACCCUAAUAGGGCGCUCGAGCAUUCAAGGAAUUCUUUCCUACCAGGUACCCAUUUACUACACCUGGGUGGAGAAUGGUAAAUGUAGAUAAACGCCUUGCCAUAGGAUGCGAGUGUUGCGGUAAGAUUUGAACCCCGGACAUUAUGGUUCAAAGUCCGCAGACUUAUCUACUGAGCCACAACACCUCUACCUCUCAAUAUGGAACUACCAUUAUUUGCAAAAUUUUAAGACCAUCUGAACAUUUUUGUAUAUUCAUUAAAACUUGCCUGUUGUUGUUUCUGUGUUUGAUUAAAAUGGUAAAGGGUUAUAAGUUUAAAGAAUAAUCCUUUUCAAAAGAACAAAUUUUGAAGUAAAAAUACUUUUGAAAACAAAAAGAUGAGUCAAGCUAUUGGACAUUUUCUUUAAAGUAAUUUCCCUUUAACCAUUCAAAUAAAAAAAGGAAUCAACACCAACAAAUUAUAUACAUGUAUAUGCCAGUUUUUAACGAAACUACUGUAUUAUUACGAUUUUAUAUGUGCAAUACACAAAUUUUCAGGUGGUCUUGCAAAUUGUGGUAUGAUAAACCUGGAUUUUCCAAAGUCAACGGUUAAUACAUGUAGUACAUUAAAAAUUAUAAUCUCAUUUUAUCUCAAGUGUACUCUACUUUAAUUGAAAAUCUUGUCAUUCGUAUACAUUGUACAUGUAUGUUCAAGUAUUGCAAGGUUCUAAUUAUGGUGAUACAAGCCCAUCAAAUUUUGAUUGUUUUUUUAUAUUAAAAUUUGAUUUACAAAAGUAGAUUGUAGAAAGACAGAAAAGAAGAACCUGGCAGUGUGUGUUAUGUCCCCUUGUUUCACUGAAUUUGAUAUAUUGCAUUCGGUUUAAUGUUUGUUACAUGGCAGCCAUCUUGUUUACCUUGUGGUCGAAGAUGCAAAGUUUUUUAGAUUUUUUACUGACAAUUUUGAUUGAUAUAUUGCUUUUUAUUCCUGUACUGCACGUCAGUGUAAUAGUUUUAUUUUUCUCACUCCUUGAAAUUGUCGUCUUCAUUGUAAGGCUGCACGAUACAGUGUAUUUAAAUAUUUUAGAAUCACUAGCUGUUAUAUCCUGAUAAUUGUUGAACAAUAUUACAAUUUGUUCUCUUCAAACAUUUGAAUUGAUCUAUUUAUUGCCAUUGUCCCCUUGGAGCCUUUUAUUCCAAGGGGGCCCUUUAUUUAUCAGGAUCCGCUUGGACGAUAUUAGAUGGAUAAUGGCGAUAACUGAGCUGAUUUAUAAAUUGUAUUAUGAGGCAAGUUUGGUCUUAACUUAUAAAGAGAAUGCAUGGUUUUACAAAAUUGUGUAACCAAAAAUGAUCUUCUUAAAUUUCAGUUUAAUGAUCAUGUGUAGCAAACUAACCCAUUUUUUGCACUUGAGAGUUGUGGGGAAAAAAAUUCAGACAUUCUGAAACAUAGAUUUACUGUGAAACAGCUGUAACCAAGAUUAUUUUUCAUCAUUUUGGUAUAACUUUUUGAGCGAGUCUUAUGGGGUGUUGCAAGAAACUUGCAAUCAAUUGCAAGUCAAUUUUUGGUCCCUAAAUCAAUCAUAUGUCUUGUAGUUAAUUGCAAAUUAGUGAUUGAUUGCUAAUCUGCUCCUUAAAACAAGAAGUUUAAUCUGAUUUGCUACAGCUAAUGUUGAUCUAUCAGUUGUAAAAUUGCAACAGAAUAUUUGCAAUUGAUCGCAAAUGUUUUCUUGCAACACCCCUUUAUAGGCACUUUAUGUUCUGUUUCUGCUGAAAUGUAUUGAAAUUUAACAUUGUAUCCUUCUUUGCAUACAUGUAUCAUAGAAUAAGAGCGGUCAUGGGGGUUAGAUUUAUCUUUCAUAUUGUCACACUAAAAUCUUUAAAUAUUUUUUCUCUAAUACCUCAAUGGGAAAAUUACCUAAAAUGUCAAGAGUGCUGAGAGGUCAAGAAACAUGUUCCUAUCUCACUCAUAUAUGUAAAGGGUUCUAUUUGAAGUAGGUAACCAUGCCAACUGGAUUUCACUUUCAUUUAGCAUCUUUAAUUCUUGUACUUCUACUCUGAGUGAUUUAAACAUGAAUGAAUCUCCAAUGAAAAUAGAUGAUGGUCUCCCUCUAAAGUAAUUACCUUUUAGAAAUUUGUUGUCAAAACGAGAGAAAAACAGGAAGUAUCAUGUGAUUUAUUGUUUCUUUGUGAAAAGGGGCUUUCACAAUUGCUCGUGUGAUCAUUUGCGAUCAUUUGGUCACAUUACAUGUUGCACAGAAUCGCAUCGGUUGUAAGCAGCCGUACCACCAAAUGUGAAAGGGGCUUUAAGAGCUUUCCUUCUUGAAAGAGGACACAUUUUAUUGAAAGCUUAUGUUGCAUGAAAUGAGUGGUAUAAUGUAUUUCAUACAUGUACAUGUCAAUGCAUUGUGAAUACUCUACAUUAAUUCUGAUGUAUUGGUUCUGACUUCUGAUCCCAGAACAGUGUGUGUGUGAUCAUGUUUUGACGAAGAAAAUAUCCCAAGUACUUUACAGCUGGCCAAUUCCAUAAAAUAUGUAGUCUGACCCCCUAUAUGCAGACCUGCCAACCAGUACGUUUUAGCCGUAUUUAGUAUGUUUUUGCAACCAAAAUACGGCAGUACGUUUUUUUUUUUUAACUAAAUCGUAAUUUAUUGAGAUAAAUAAUCUCUAUAAAACGUGCACAAAUAUGGUUAUUAGAUCAAUGUAAUUUCAGGUAACUUUUUUUUUUUCAAUCAUUUUGUUCAAACCAGGGUGAAGAUAUACACAUGUUUUAAUGGUUUUUUUUUUCAUCUGCAAGAGCAGUGCGCAUUUUAGCUUGCAUGCAGCUUGAGCGCCGCGAUGAGCGAGUGCGCCAAGCAUUUUAUUAUGAAAUACACUUUUUGGGGGAAAAAUACAGUUUUUUUUAUCACAGAAUACAGUUUUUCAUUCCCAGAGGUUGGCAGGUCUGUAUUUGUGGGACUUUCAUUAAAUUCUCGGUCUCUGAUUCCUGGUUCUUUUGAUAGUCUCUAAUGACCAUGACUUGGUCAGCUUAUGAAGUGAGGUAAAACUUGAGAAAAAUGGGGGUCGGACGUACAAAAAGGUUGAUUAUUUUUUGGAAUUACCCAACUGUGUUGAUAAUUUGUCUUUUGAUGGCUUGAUGUUUCUUCAAGCUAGCUGAAUUCAAAGGAGGAAAAACAAAAGAAAUCAUAGAAAUAAAGUAAAGAGACGAAUAAAAUUGUGGUCUUCAAAGUUAAUAAAAACUUGGGCAAAACACUUCUCAUUAAUUUGACUUGAAUAUCCCUACAUAUUAUAACUUAACCAUUUUCCAGUUGCUUAUAUGAUUAAAAAGGAAUAUUUUCCCACCGAUUCAUUGUUCUAACCCCGUUAUUACAUGAAUUAAUGGUCAUAUUUGCUAUAUACAGAUGAUUUAAUUUACAGUUGUUUUUCUUGGAGUAUGUCUAAAUCUUCACUGGAAUAGUUUGUUUAAUAAUUUGUGAUUCUGUUUUCACUGUCCAUUGUGUUUGCUUGCAUACAUGUAUGAAUAAAUGGGCAAAAGACAA